UACUGGGCGAAUUGAAAUGUUUAAGAAAUUUUAGUGAUUUCUCAAGUCGACAUGAAAAUCGUGUGCAGAUUCAACCAAAAUUAUGGUUUCACUAAAUGGGUGAUGUUUUGAACUGAGGUAGAGUGUUGUGUUUUGUGGCUAUUAUUCUCGAGAUUUCUACCCAGGAUCAGCAGAAAUGGCAGAAGAGACAGCAGUUGCAGCAGCUCCGGCGUCCGCGCCCACCAGCUCGUCCCCAUCAGCGAAGAAAGCCAAGGCCGCCAAGAGUGGCGCCGCGAAGAAGCCACGAGUGCAGGCGACGCACCCGAAGACCUCGGAGAUGGUGAACAACGCCAUCAAGAAUCUGAAGGAGCGCGGCGGUUCUUCCCUGCAGGCCAUCAAGAAGUACGUGGCAGCCAACUACAAGGUCGACGCCGAGAAGCUGGCGCCCUUCAUCCGCAGAUACCUCAAGUCCGCCGUGACGAGCGGCGCUCUGGUGCAGACAAAGGGAAAAGGAGCGUCUGGAUCGUUCAAAUUGGCGGGCACGGCUGGUAAGAGCGACAAGCCAGCGGCGAAGAAGCCUCGCAGCCCAUCCAAGAAGACAGCCGCUGGCGAGAAGAAGGUGAAGAAGAGCCCAGCAUCGCCCAAGAAGAAGCCCACAGCCGCGGCCAAGAAAGCAGUGGCGGCGAAGAAGCCAAGCGGCGAGAAGAAGACCGUGAAGAAAGCAGCAGCGUCUCCGGCAAAGAAGAAGGUUGCGCCCAAGCAAAAGCCCACCAAGGCGUCCGCAAAGUCGGCGGGAACCAAACCGAAAGUUCCCAAGCCCAAGAAGACCGGCUCACCGAAAAAGGCAGCAGCGCCGAAGAAGACCGCAGCCAAGAAGAAGUAAACUUCUCCUAAAUUCACCGCCGUCGUCCCAUAUUGGGAUAUCUAUACAAAAAACAGCCCUUAUCAGGGCUACAAGACAAUGCGUAGAGAAUUUAGCACUGAAAACCUCAUUUUUAUACUAUUUAGACAAGUGAAAAUAAAGAUAACAAAGUGAAAAUUACGUUUUCUACUGGAAAUAAAUGUUCACUAAAAAUUUGACUGUUUAUGGCUUCGUAGCAGA